GUUAUCUUUUCAGGUGCUGAUUGCCAGUUUUUUGUAGAAUUGUAUGUCUUUGAAAAUUGGCACCAUUCAGUUUAUUUAUUUGGCCAAGAAAUACUUUUUCUCUGCAAGAUGAUUCGGUACUUGGAUGUAAACUGUUUUUCUCUCUCAACUGACGGAUUUUCAACAAAACAUUAAAUCCUAUAAGAUUUUUUUUGUUGAAGCUACAUUGUCUCUUUGAUACUUUAAUAUUUUUUUGACCUUCAUAUGCCCUGACAGACUUUUUUUGAACAUUGGUCACCAUGGCAGCAGCCUAUCGUGUAGUGGUGAGCAGUGUGAGCUGCUACAACAGUGUAGUAGUGGACCGGCGCACUCACUCCCAUGCUGUGCACUACUGCUCGGGGCCAUGUGGGGCACUGUCCCAGGGACUCGACUGUACUGUUGCACAUCAUGGAACCUGCUCCGAGCUGCUUGUUUCACCUGACCCUGAAUACACUGACCUCAACAACUCACCCAUACACACCCGGAACAUUAUCUCUCAGCAGCUUCCCAACCAUGGUAAAAUGAGUGUAACCAUGGAUACUAGUUAUAAUGGUGGUGUUGCUCUUGAGAGGGCAGGCAGCAGUGGUAAUUUGUCUGUAGGGGAGGACAGCUCCGCAUGGAAAGGUAAAAAGACCCCUAGUUGGGGAGGAUCAACUGGAAACCUGAGCUGCUCUAGCAGUCUGAAGGACAUAACUGAAGAGGCCAUCAACCUAGCCAGCGGUAAGCUCAAAGAGUUUUCUUUUGAUAAGCUCCGCCUGUCUUCCUCCAGCCACGUCACCUUCCGGAAAGGUCGUAAGGUCCGUCCUGACUCUUUCAGUCGUCGCUCCACUGAUCUUGAGAUCAUCUAUGGCCACUUCAGCUCCAACAUCACCACUAAUGGAACAGCUAAUGGCAUGACAAAUGGCACAGCUACUUCUAAUGAUGAGAACCUGCCACCUUUUGUGCUAGGAAAAGGGGCAGGGACGGAGGAGACAAAGCUAAAAGGCAAUUCAGGCACAUUAUCAUCCAUCACAAAAGUGGGUGGUGGUUCAACAAACAGCCUGGCCAGCAUCAGCAUUGGGUCACUGGACCAAAGUCUGAGCACAAUGGCCUCCCUGUACCGCAAUACCCUGGGAGAUGAAAACCUGAUUGCCCGUCUGCUGGAGAAGACGUGUGCAGAGGUGGGCUCUGGGGGAGCGGGUGGGGAGGACAUCCGUGCCUGCCUUGACAUCUUACUUAAAUGCUCUGAAGACCUAAAAAAAUGCACUGACAUCAUCAAGCAGUGUAUCAGACGCAAAGCUGGUGGAGGGCCUGAGGAUGGAGGGGCCAGUCCUGACAGUGUGUACCGGGCCAUGAUGGCCCGACUCAGCUCGUAUCUGAAGAGACUUCCUCUGGAGCUGGAGGGGAUUGGAAGCUUGGGAGGCAGUGGGCAGGGUGCACCUGGAAGUGGGCAUAGUGAUCUGGCUGAGCUGCUAAACAGUCUUCAUGCCCUCCAGCAGGGUCCGUUCUCUCCAAUAUUUGGCAAUGAGCAACCUCCUCGCUAUGAGGAUGUGGUGCAUUCACCUCCCAUCCCAAAGACUGUUACUCACUCUGCAUCUUCUAGUCCCUCCUCUGUUUCAUCUUCCUCAUCUUCUUUGAAGUCAGACUCCAUCCAUACAAAACCAGUCCUAAAUUCCUCUUCCAGAGCCACUCCCCUCACCAAUGGACUACAGCAUCCACAUCCUUCUAUCACACAACACACACUCUCUCCUCCAUCUGUCAUCUGCUCUCAAUCCAGCUCCUCUCCGUCCCCUCACCAUACAUCCCCCACCCCUCCAUACACGCACACUCCACCAGCAUCCCCUAUGGAGGCUCUCUAUAUUGAGGAGGAGGAGACAGAUGUGGGAAAGACACUAGAGCAAAUAACACAUCAUACAAACACUCCAAUCAUAGGGGUGACCAACUCCCAGAACAAAAAUGGGACUGUGUUAAGUCAACACAUGCACCUAUCCCAACCACACACACUCCAUAACUCUUCAAAUAGUUUGUCAUCCAGCACUGGCCACAGCCCCUCUUGGCCUCCCUCCGCCCCAUUAGCAGUCUCAGCACCCAAAGUUGUCACACAGAGGAAUGAUGACAUUGACAAGCUUCUGUUGGAUUUGGAGAAUCUUUCUCAGAGUAUGAGCCAUCCCAGAAACACUGAGCCUCCACUUCCAGCCAAGACCAGGAAGAGAGAGGGAUGUCAGGGAAUCACCUCCAGUGAAUCUCUUACUCAGUCCAAAAUGGCCCAGUUCCAAAUCCAAAAGCCAGCCAGCCACCUAGCCAUGAAUGGUCCUACCACCAGGGCUGCCCAGGGUCUCACUACAUCCCAGGGAGAGAGCAAUGAUGCUGUGGUGGGAGAGGAGGAGGAUGGGGCUCUGCUUCUGAGAAUCCUGGAGAGCAUUGAGAGUUUUGCACAGGAGCUGGUGGAUUCUGGGGCAGGGAGCACAGGUAGUGCUGAGAGGAAAAGUGGGAAGGAGCGGGAGGUUAUGAGGCUCUUGCAGGACACGCUGGCCUCCACUAGCAGGCCUGAAACCCCUGUUGAGAACACGAACACACCAGCUGCGCCCACUGCUCCAUCAAUUCACAUGACAACAGCCCCAGCUGUACCACCAAAACACUCUCUUGCACACACACCUGCAGCUUCACCUGUUCCAACAUCUGUAUCUGCAGUAACUGAAAAUGUGGGCGUGGCUACAUCUGAACCUGCACCUAAACCUACACCCGAUACUGCCCCCAAACCUCUGCCUACACCUAUACCUGAACUGACAACUGAGGUUACAGAUAAAGUUACAGAAGACUCUACAGGUGAGGCUGAUCCAGAAUCCAUCCCUGCACCUGUAACACCUGCACCUGCAAGCUUGCAUUCCUCCACACACUCACCUGAACCUACACCUGUGGCUGCACCUGAGGCUCCAACUCCUGUUGCCAUCUCAACCACAAACGCCAUAAGGGAUGCUGCUGUUACUGUUGCUGACCCUGCUGCUGUGAGAGACACAGGUUCAACGCUCCUCAUCCAGCAGACUCCAGAGGUGAUCAGGGUCCAGUCCAAAUCAGAGAAGAAACCAGGCACACCCCCACCAGCCCCUGCCCCGACCACAGCUACGCCUGCCCCCACACCACGCUCACCCAGCCCUCCUCCGGCUCCGGUGAUAGUCACCCCUCCUCCCCCUGCCAUCAACAUUCCCAGGUUCUACUACCCCCAUGGGCUCCCUGCCCUGGGCCUGGCCACCAACCACGAUGCAGCAAUUGCUGCCAUCGAGACGGCCUUCACUGAGUUUGAGGAGGAGAAGGCUGACAUAUAUGAAAUGGGCAAGAUCGCAAAGGCAUGCAGUUGUCCACUUUACUGGAAGGCCCCAAUGUUCUACGCAGCAGGUGGUGAGAGGACUGGCUUCGUCUCUGUUCACUCCUUCAUCGCAACCUGGAGGAAGUUGUUGCACAGUUGCCACGAUGACGCGUCAAGAUUUAUUAACUUGCUAGCCAAACCUGGUUGUAAAUACUUGGAGCAGGAGGACUUCAUUCCUCUACUGCAGGACAUAGUGGAUACACACCCUGGGCUCACAUUUCUGAAGGAUGCACCUGAAUUCCAUUCCCGAUACAUCACAACGGUGAUCCAACGGAUAUUCUACGUGGUGAACCGUUCAUGGACGGGCCGUAUCUCCAUGAUCGAGCUGCGCAGGAGCAACUUCUUGCAGACGCUGGCCCUGCUGGAAGAGGAGGACGAUAUCAACCAGAUCACAGAUUACUUCUCCUACGAACACUUCUACGUCAUCUACUGCAAGUUCUGGGAGCUGGACACUGACCAUGACCUCUACAUUGACCCCAAAGACCUUUCGAGAUACAAUGACCACGCAUCCUCAAACAGAAUCAUCGAGAGAUUGUUUUCAGGGGCUGUUACUCGGGGUAACGCUGUGCAGAGGGAAGGCAGGAUGAGCUAUGCUGAGUUUGUGUGGUUCCUCAUAUCAGAGGAAGACAAGAAAAAUCCCACCAGUAUAGAGUACUGGUUCCGCUGCAUGGAUGUUGAUGGUGAUGGCAUCCUGUCCAUGUUUGAGUUGGAGUAUUUCUAUGAAGAACAGUGUGAAAGAAUGGAGCGGAUGGGCAUUGAACCUCUGCCUUUUCAGGAUCUGCUCUGCCAGAUGCUUGACCUGGUAAAACCUGAGAACUCAGGUAAGAUAACACUGAGUGAUUUGAAGCGCUGCCGGAUGGCUCACAUAUUCUUUGACACUUUCUUCAACCUGGAGAAAUACCUGGACCAUGAACAGAGAGAUCCAUUUGCUGUGCAAAAGGACAUUGACAGUGAAGGUCCCGAGCCAUCUGACUGGGAUAAAUAUGCCUCAGAGGAGUAUGAGAUACUGGUGGCAGAGGAGACUGCAAAUGAGCAGCUACACGAGGGGUCAUUUGAUGACGACUAUGAAUCUGAGGAGCUUCAAGUCUCUGGAGAGAUUGGGAAUAAAAUGGAAAAACUGGUCAUAUCAGACCUGUCAGCAUAAAAUUGCUUUCCUGGAUUUCCUGGGCCUCUCUUUCUGGAAAACAGACCGAGUGAUAAAGGGGCUUUUGGGAUGGAUGCAUUGAAAAAACAAAUGGAUAUAAAGACAGCAGAGAAAAGGACUCUGGCAUCUGUCUUAGGAUGACUCUUGAGUCUCCUCUGAAUGGACUCAUGAGUUUUUGUGUGUGUGUGACCGUAAACCAGUACUGUUCUAUGUCUGGUGCAAUAAGGCAUCUGUAUUUAUACAGAAAGCAAUGUCACUGCCUCCCACUCUUCACUUCAUCUGAGACAACGAAAGCAACAAUGGAGGGAGAAUUGUUCAAUAAGCUCUAAAAGGAAUCAAGAAAAAAAGUCACUAUGAAAUGAAUGUAAUUGCCAUUGUGAACUCUCUGCUGACAAUCCUGCCAGAAGACAAUCAUCUGAAUAUGCAGCAACAAGUGUUGCUGUGCUAAAGGUAGAUAGUCAGGUAGACUGUCGGUGACACGAAUAGACUCCUAAUUGGAGAGACAGAAACAUAAUCAUAGUUAUAGGCACUGCCAUUGAAAACUCACAACAGUCAGCUGCUCAGUUAUGAGACACAUAAAUAGACACUGCCAUCAGAAAUCUGUCGCUUGUGCAGCUUAUCACUGUGUUCCUUGUAAAGGAAGUUGUUAAACCUCUUAUCCCCUUCAGUGAGGAACAGUUUGGAUGAUGGUAACAGCACCUCACUGUGGUCAGUCUGCACUACUUCAUGCCAUUACUGUCAUGAAGCAGAGCCACUGUGCAUAAUGGCUGGCUAACCUUUCCAUAAAGCAGUUCAGUUCACUGCACAGCCUGAGCUGCUCUAUUCUUAGUGUGGCAUUAUCAGUGCUCCACCUCUGCAGUCCCUCUGCAAUCUUCUCUAAACCCUGUAAAAAGUCUACAUGGACUGUAAUGUUCCAGCCAUUCACCUCAGUGAGUUAAUUCCCCAUCAGGUCACAGUGAGAAAGUGCACAUAAAAUUAUUCAUGGUUACAGACAUAUCAAACUCUCUGGUAGAGUUGCCCACACAUUUCCAUCUCAUCUGAUGUAACAUUUGUAAUAACACAAUAGUUGUGCUUAAGAAACCCACAACCCACUGUAUGUUUUUCACAUCUUUUUUGGUAAUAUUACUUUGCUCUGUUGUUGUCGUCGUUUAUGAUAAAAAAUUUGCUAUUUUUCUGCUUAGAAAUCUCAUUGUCACAUAGCAUUUGUUUAUGAAGCUUUCUAAUUUCCAUUCUCCCUGUAACACACAUACAGUAUAAAAAAGCCACCACUAAAGAUGCCUCAAAAGGAUCUGUUCACCCAAAUUAUGCAAAAACACAUUUUUUUCACACCAGAAGUAGUAUUUAGCCUUGAAGAUAGGUGUGAUUUAAACAAUAUCAGGUUUAAUGACAGUGAUGCUACGUACAUUGAAUGAUUACAUUUUAAAAUGUAACCACAACCUCUCCUAAACCUAUUAGUCAGAAUAAUCCACCCACUGUGAAUAGCUUUCAUUAGAACGACUUUCUACUGAAGAAAGUAUCUGUCACAAAUCUCUUGAAGUCUGUUGCUCUUGGAUUUUAGAAAUGCAAUAGUAUUGCGUGCCACAAAUGAAAUUGCAUUUGCCUUCAUUGUGUGCGUGGAGCAUUAGUGUUGAGGCAGAAAUCCCAAAGAUGACUGUUUUAAAACCUGAGUAUAAAGUAUUUGCAUGGAUAGAUACCACUAAAGGUGAGUGAGAGCUUAUUUUUCUUUUUAAUUUUGGGUGAACUGACCCUUUAACUCCAUUAUUUACUGUGUUUUACUCACAGGUACAGGUGCACGUGUUUACACUGCCCUUACUGUAAUAAGUAGAGCCGUGUGUUUGCUUAUAAAUCACUGAUAGAGGAGUGUGUUUUUGGAGUGGAGCUCUCAGUUUCAGGCUGUUUAUACGUCAUAGUUGACCCCAUGGGGAUGGUGUUCUCGGGGUCAGUGAGUGAGUGUGUGUGUGUGUGUUUGCGCGCUUAUAUAACCCUCGAAUUAGGAAUGGGACAGCUCUUGUCCUCAAUGGGUUCAAAUUCACUGGCAUAUACCUCCUGUACUGGCACCUACUGUACACAGACACAUAAAAACUCAUACAAUUAUACCCAUACAAACACCACUUGCCAUUGAAAGGGAGAACAAGAGCUAGUGGAUGGGAUAAGGCCAUAAUGACUUUGAGUUUUCCCUUUUUUGCUUCAUAGCCAUUGUAAAUGUGCCUGACUGUAUAUUAAACUAUAUUAUUAUAAUAAUAACCUAAUGAUAAGCCAUUAUAGAUAUAACGGCUCUUAUUUUCAAUGUAUUUUGAUGGUUUGUAUUGCUGUGCCACUGUGUGGCUCGGGAUAGGGGGGUAAAUUAUGUUAGACGUGUGUAUGUUUGUGUGUAAAAUGCGUGGUGGCUUUCGUCAGCAGAAGCGGGUGAAAUCCUCUGGAGGACUGGCCUGAAGCUCCGCCAACCUGACAAUCACAAAAUGAUGUGUCAUACACAGUAGAAACUUCUGAUGUUUCACUGCUGUGGUCACACACACACUCUCAAGGAGACCGGUUCAUCCAGACAGUAUUUAAGAAGAAUUGGUGAAGGCGUUUGAAGAUGUCUCCGACUGAUAACUUUCUGGCUCUAUGCAAAGUGUCCUGGUGCUCACACAUGCAGCAUCAGGCAAGGAGAGAAGCCAUGCAGAACUUUUACCCUAAAAUUAUGCCUCUACUGUGAGUGGUAGAGGAAAAACUUUUACUUUGAUGUACUCUCUCUAUGCAGAGUAGGCUGACGUGUUCAAAUACUGAUGGUUAUUGUAUUGGCAUGAUUUUCUUUCUGUCUUUCUUUCUUUCUCUUUCUUUCUCUCUCUCAUCCUCUGUUAUUUGUUGCUUUUGUCUGAAGUUCAAAUAAAGAUGUUUCAGAAUA